UUACACUUGGCACAAUGCAGACAGGCAAGUACCAUUCUUCUGGCAACCGCCAAACUCAGACACAUCCCUCAAAUUGCCAGACAGAGAAGCGUGAUUCGUCACUCCAGAGAACACGUUUCCACUGCUCUAGAGUCCAGUGGCGGCUGGCUGAGUUGCUGUUGUUCCCAGUUGCUUCCACUUUGUUAUAAUACCACUAACAGUUGACUGUGGAAUAUUUAGUAGCAAGGAAAUUUCACGGAUGGACUUAUUGCACAGGUGACAACCUAUCACAGUACCACACUUGAAUUCACUGAGCUCCUGAGAGUGAUCUAAUGUUUAUAGAAGCAGUCUGCAUGCCUAG